AGGCCACACUAGUUGAGGAGGAGGAGGAGAUGGCCGGGAAGGGGGCGGCGGCGGCGGCGACGGCGGCGAAGUGGGCGGAGGGGUACCCGUGGAAGGAGAAGCUGGCCAAGUACAAGGGGGAGCUGAGCAAGGGCGUGUGGGGGUACUGGGAGCUGGGCGCGUGGAAGCCGCUGGGCAUCAGCGGCCGCCAGCGCGCGCGGCUCCGCAAGGAGGUGCUCCUCGCCGGCGAGGACUGGACCUACGACGCCCCCCGCGGCGAGAUGCGCACCAAGCGCAAGGGCCACAAGGUCGACCGCAUCGCCGCCGAGAAGCGUGCCAACACUCUUGAGCUGAUGAAGAAGAUGCCCCAGAUGCUCCUCGACUACAAGAAACGUAGAUGGGAUAAAAAGAUGAAAGAGGAGGAAGCGGCCGCGGCGAAGGCAACAUAGGGGAACAGCAUGCCUACCGUUUUGUUGUUGCAAGGGGGGAGGAACUGGAAUUUUGGAGAAAUAGCCUGCAAACGCUGAAAGUAGCCUCCCUUUUUGUUUGCUGAGACCAAACUCUUGAUUCUCACAUUCAGUAUGUUGUCUUCUUGAAUAAGGUUGAACGUGAUUCAAUGUAGGAAGUUGAGUUCAUAGGAUGACUUAAUGGCUUGUGGUAUCUUUGCCCACCUGAGCCUGUCACACUUUGUAAUGCAGAUUUUUAUUUUGUUUAUAUGGUCCCUAAAA